UCUCAUCUUCUUCACUGAACAGUUCAACACUAUCCCACUCCAAAACCCUGCAAAAAGAAAUAACCAAUCGAACACACGACAGAAAUGGUAGUGUGUCUCACAAGAUUGCCAUCUCUCAUCUUCACUGCUCAAUCAAUUCGCCGCUCUCCGGCGUUUCCACGGCGGCGUCACAAUUUCUUCAGUUUGCCGCGGCUAUCAGCGGCGUCUUUCUCUACACAGAGCGCGGCUUCCAGUCCUCCUGAAACGGAAGAUAGAGUUGAUAAUCUGAAGAGUAGAAUAAAUCAGGAGCGAGCGGUUACUCCUCGAUCCGAGGACUUCAGUGCCUGGUAUCUAGAUGUUAUUGCUAAUGCUGAGCUAGCUGAUUAUGGUCCUGUUAGGGGUACUAUGGUCAUUCGUCCUUAUGGCUAUGCUAUUUGGGAGGCAAUUCAGGAAUAUUUGAAUGUUAAAUUCAAGGAGACUGGACACAGCAACAUGUAUUUUCCGCAGUUUAUACCUUAUUCAUUCAUAGAGAAGGAAGCUAGUCAUGUUGAGGGAUUUAGUCCGGAGUUGGCCGUCGUAACUAUUGGUGGAGGAAAGGAACUUGAAGAAAAACUUGUGGUUCGACCUACUAGUGAAACAAUAGUCAAUCACAUGUUUACUCAGUGGAUACAUAGCUACCGCGAUCUUCCUCUUAUGGUCAACCAGUGGGCAAAUGUCACAAGAUGGGAGAUGCGUACAAAACCAUUUGUGAGGACGCUUGAAUUUCUGUGGCAAGAGGGUCAUACAGCCCACGCCACUCCCGAGGAGGCAGAAAAGGAGGCCCUACAGAUGAUUGAAGUGUAUACCAAAUUUGCAUAUGAGCAAACUGGAAUACCUGUUAUUGCAGGUCGGAAGUCUAAGGUGGAAACUUUUGCUGGUGCUGUUAGGACAUAUACCAUAGAGGCUAUGAUGGGUGAUCGAAAGGCAUUACAGGCUGGAACCAGCCACAACCUUGGUCAAAAUUUCUCUAGGGCUUUUGGAACACAGUUCAUGGAUGAAAAUGGACAAAGGCAGCAUGUCUGGCAGACAUCAUGGGCCAUCAGUACCCGCUUUGUUGGUGCUAUUAUAAUGGCGCAUGGAGAUGAUACUGGUCUGAUGCUUCCCCCUAAAAUUGCACCAAUACAGAUAGUGAUUGUACCAAUUUGGAAGAAAGAGAACGAGAAAGCUGGAGUUCUCAAUGCGGCAUCUUCUGUAAAAGAAGUUUUGCAAUCUUCUGGUCUCAAAGUCAAGCUUGAUGACUCUGACCAGAGGACCCCUGGAUGGAAGUUCAAUUUCUGGGAGAUGAAGGGAGUACCUCUAAGGAUUGAAAUCGGUCCUAGAGACGUUUCAAGUGGAAGUGUGGUCGUAUCAAGGAGAGAUGUCCCUGGAAAGCAAGGGAAAGUGUUUGGAAUAUCAAUGGAACCUUCAAUUUUAGAAGCUUAUGUCAAGGACAAGUUGGACGAAAUUCAGCUGUCCCUCCUGGGAAGAGCAACGUUAUUUCGUGAUAGUCAUAUUGUGGAUGUGAGCUCGUAUGAUGAACUCAAAGAGGCCAUAUCCCUUAAUAAAUGGGCCAGGGGUCCUUGGUCAGCUAGUGAUGCUGAUGAAUUAAGGGUAAAAGAAGAAACAGGAGCAACAAUUCGGUGCUUUCCUUUUGAACAGCCUGAAGGGAGUAAAACGUGCUUGAUGACAGGCAAGCCAGCAGAAGAAGUUGCAAUUUUUGCUAAAUCGUAUUAAUCAUCUAACUUAUGAUUCGAAAAGUUGGUGCGAUUUCACUGUUCCGCGUUUGUAAGUUUCAUUAUGUUGGCCAACGUAUUUAUUUUAUCAAUUACUCUGACAACUGAUAUUAGUCUCAGUUAUUUAAUGAUCUUUUGCCUGCUUGUAAAAUUCUUUUUAGAAAGGAAGAUUUUUCUAUAAAGAAUAAAACAUGAUUCUGUACAAUGUUGUCGAAUAGUGAAAUUGAAGAGUGUAAGUAUUCUUGUGUA